UAAAGAUUCGGUUUAUUAGUCAUUUGUCGUACGUUGUCGGGCUGUGACGUGUGGUGUUGAUUCCGGGCAAAAUGCGGUUUAAUAUGUUUGACGUGAAGAAUGAGAAUUAUCAUCUCGGACAUUUAAUUUUUGAUGGGUUGAGGGCUCGUCCUAAUGCUAUUUGCCAGAUUGAUGCAGCCACAGAUAAGAGUGAGACGAACGCAUCAGUCCUGUCUCGCUCCAUCCAGCUGGCGAGAUGUUUCCGCAAGUUCGGCGCCAAGCCCGGCUUCCGCCUGGCUCUAGGCGGUAACAACCACCUGGACUUGCACAUUCCAUACUACGCUGCACACUUUAAUGGCAUGCCAGUUACUGGCGUUGAUCCUCAUUUUAAACUUAAUCAACUGAAGACGUUAUUCAAGAUUUGCGAGCCAGACAUAGCGUUUUGUGAGAAGGACAUGUUUGAUACGUAUGUGAAUGCAGCCAAAGAUCUAGGACUCAAUGUUAAGAUCGUGCACUAUGGUGAAGGCGAGGACUCGAUGGCUAAGUUUAUCGAACAGUACGACGAUGGGCAAAAAGACGAAGAAUUCCUACCGGCGAUAUUCGACCUGGACAAGAUAUACGCGUGGAUGGUGAGCACGGGUGGAACCACCGGCGUCGUCAAACUAGCUGCCUUCAAACAUAAGGCGUUACUGCGCAGGACCAUGGCGUUCAAGGCCUUGCAGGAGAAAUAUGAAAAACAGGAACCCCCAGAAGCUCCAAACAAGAUAGCUCUGAACCUGUCCCCGGUGCAGUGGGUGUCCGGGUUCUACUACGCGGCGACCAUGCACGUCGCCCGAAUGACCAAGCUCAUGACAUCGGCUCCGAGCUCAGUUGACCACAUCAUCGAUGUUAUCAAUAAGUAUAAGCCAGUAACAGCGUUCAUGAGUCCUUCAGUUGCUACCGCUCUAAUAAAGAGCAAGAAACCGUGUGACAUGACAUGCUUCGACGCUUUCGUUGUCUCGGGAGGGAAGGUUCGGAAAGAGCUGCUUCUUCAAUUGAGAGAAAGGAUGCGACCUAACGCUUUGGCAUUUGAAUUCUACGGGCAGACAGAGAAUCUGGGCCCCGUGUUACACCAGGACCUGAAAGGACCUCUCGGAAGCUGCGGGCGGGAGCUACCUGGGUUGUGUGAAGUUAAGCUAGUCGAUCCAGACACGAAGAGAGUGAUAACAGAACCUAAUGUUCCCGGAGAAAUCUGGACAAAGGGAGCCGUUUUUACUGAGUAUUACAAAAACCCUGAGGAAACUGCGACGUCGUUCUCUGAGGACGGCUGGUUUAAAACCGGAGAUGUUCUGUACAAGGAUGAGGAGGGCUACUACUACUUCGUGGAGAGGGUCAGGAUGAGGAUCAAGUUCCACAACUACCACAUCAUUCCUUCGGAAGUGGAGGCAGUGAUAUUGCAGCACCCCGGCGUGUACGAGGUGAGCGUCACCAGCAUACCGGACGAGGACGAUGGCGAGCACAUCGUGGCGUGCGUCGUCAGGAAACCAGGAGCUGACGUCACGGCGGCUGAGAUUAAGGAGAUCGUUGCAAGUAACCUAUCCGAUUCCCAGAGGUUACGAGGGGGAGUCGUGUUUUUGGACCAACUGCCGAUGACGUCAACGGGAAAGAUUGCUCGCGGCCAUCUUCGAGAGUUUGUCCUCACUGCGAAUAGAGAAUAAUAAUAAUUAUAAUCUAACUAAUUCAAGUAAAAAAAUAAAGCUCAAGUGGCCGAAGACUACUUCUAGAGAGAGAUAGCGCUCUACAAAGCGUAGAGGAUCGUCCCUCUUCCACAAUUGUGAAACUACCUAUUUUAAAGACGAUGGUUACGUGUUUAAAUGACAUUUCAAAAUUCAAUACUAGAUUUAUUAUAUAAGGCAUUGUCUCAUAGAAUAUAAUAAAAAA